AUGAGACAAUUUUUUUGGUUGGAUAUCGGAGAUGGUACGAGGACCUCGGCUUGGUAUGACACUUGGUGCGAGCUAGGGCCGCUUGGGAACUUCAUCGUGCCUAGAACUAUUGCUAAUGCAGGGUUUCGGCUUGAGGAUUCUGUUUCUCAAAUCCAGUUAAACGGUGAGUGGAAAUGGCCGGUCGCUUGGAGGGAUUUAUUCCCUGUCUUAAAUCAGCUAGAUCAAGUCCAUAUUAUGCCAAGCAAACUAGACAGAGUCAUAUGGCGAGAUGGUAAUGAGAAGACAGAUUUUUCGACAUCGUGUGUGUGGGACUCGAUUCGGUAUAAGGAAACGGAAGUGGUAUGGAGUACUAUAGUCUGGUUUGCUCAAUGUAUACCGCGGCAUGCGUUUCUCAUGUGGCUAAUCAUGCGAGGUAAAUUACUUACGCAAGAUAAGAUUCUAAAAUGGGAUUUGUCUCGUCGGAAAAAUAUGAACAUGAUGUGUUGUUUAUUAUGCUAUGCUAAUCACGACUCCCAUAGCCAUUUGUUCUUUGAAUGUAAUUAUUCGACAAAGGUUUGGGAUAUAGUGAAACGAAAGGUGGGAAUGGAUUCGGUUCAACCCAUAUGGGAAGAUAUUGUAGACUGGUUGAUUAUUCGGUCCAAAUCUAAACUAGCUAAGGAUUAUGUCGCUAGAGUGGUGGUUGCGGCUACGGCUUACACUAUUUGGCAGGAGCGAAAUGCUAGGAUUUUCAAAAAUCAACUAAGACCUCCAGAGACUGUGGGUGCUCAUAUUAUACAAUUGGUUCGAUACAAAUUAAUGGGUGCGAGGUUGAAGAAUACUGGUAAUGUCCGCAGGCUUCUAAGCGAAUGGGAUGUUCAUGGCAAAGAGCUAUUGGACGAUGGUGGCUGA